AUGCGCUUCUCAUCCUCCACCGUCCUCGCGGCUCUGCCCGCUCUCGCCGCUGCGCAGGACUCGCCUAUCGACCAGUACAAGGCCCAGUUCCAGAAUGUUAUCGGCCAGUUCGCUUCAUACAUUCCCAACCCGGGUCAUCACGAUCCUAUUGCCGCUGCUGAGGCUAAGGCUGGUUCCAUGAAGCUCAAUGUCUUGACACUGGACAACUGGAAGCAGACCCUCUACGAGCCCGUGACCGCUGGUGCUACUACUCCUGAGGAGUGGUGGCUGCUCGUCUCUGGCGGAAACAAGACCUGCUAUGGCCGUUGUGACACCGUCGAGCAGGCCUUCAACGAGACCGCUGCCAAGUUUGCGCUCCUCGAUAACACCCCUCAUAUGGCCUACUUGAACUGCGACAACCAGCCCAUUCUCUGCAAUGCCUGGUCUGCCGGUCCCGCCAGCCUCUACGUCUUCGAGAUGCUUCCCGAGCCUGCGCCCGUCGAGGUCUAUAGCAAGAGACUCAACUUGACCACUACCACUUCCGACACUUUUGUCAACCUCCACGCCGCUGGUAACAAGGAUGAGCUCCUCCACCACACAAGCUCCUACUUCCACCCCUUCAACGGAAAGCUUGCUGAGUUCGGUCUUUCCGUUCCCUUUGGCUACCUCAUGUGGGCUAUGAACCUGGUUCCCAACUGGCUCUUCAUGCUUGUUGUGUCUUUCGGCAGCCGUGCCAUGAUGUCUCGUCGUAUGGCUCCCCAGGCCGGUGCUCAGGCUGCCCAAUAA